UUUGGAUAAUUUGUGUGAAUUUAAUGACAUUUUGGAUAGUGUUUAGGCAAUCAUGUUUCUGCCAUUGAUCGAUUGUUUCGAACACUUUCAGACUUUUUAGACAAGUUUAAUAAAUGUAAACACGUUUUAAUGGAAUGUGUUUUGGAGUUUUGUAAUAGGAAUAUUGUUUAAAAGUGGUAAAAAGAAGUUAAAAUGGAUUUUGUCGAAUAUCGUGUUUGACACAAGCAGUGGUGAAUUGGGACCCAACCUUGAUUUUUUCCAGGAUGGUGGUAGAGUCGAACUCCCGUCACUGUUCUUACAACAAAAUGGUGCCUGCAGGCAUGACACCGAAAGAACUCUCCGAAAAUGAUGAUCUAGCCACUUCAGUCGUGCUGGAUCCCCAUUUGGGUUUCACCACGCACAAGAUGAACAUCAAAUAUCGACCACUCAAAACCAAUCAAGAGGAACUGAGAAAUAUUGUUGCUGAUUUUAUCAAAACGCAGAAUUAUGAAAAGGCAUACACCAGCAUUAUGAAGGGCGAAUGGAUUCCUAGAUCGAUGAUGUCGAAGAAUAAAAUGGUGCAGGGGAGACUUAAAGAGCAUGUUUACCGUUACCUGAGAGUUUUCGAUAGCGAGUCCGGUUUUGUAAUAGAGCCCUGCUACCGAUAUUCCCUGGAAGGACAAAAAGGAGCCAAGAUAUCCGCCACUCGCAAAUGGUACAAGAACGAAAAAAUCGAAUGCCUCGUAGGUUGCAUAGCUGAACUGACCGAAGAAGAGGAAGCAGCCUUGUUAUCUCCUGGUAAAAAUGAUUUUUCCGUAAUGUACAGUUGUCGUAAGAAUUGUGCCCAAUUGUGGCUCGGUCCGGCCGCGUAUAUAAACCACGAUUGCAGAGCGAAUUGCAAAUUCGUGGCCACUGGUCGCGAUACGGCCUGUGUUAAAGUUCUUAGGGACAUCGAAGUAGGUGAAGAGAUAACUUGUUUUUACGGCGAAGAUUUUUUCGGGGACGGAAACUAUUAUUGCGAGUGCGAGACGUGCGAGCGACGCGGAACGGGCGCUUUUACCAAAUCGAAAACCGAGGAACAAAUUUCGGGUUACCGUCUUAGGGAUACUGAUAACAGGAUUAAUAGAACUAAAAGCAAACAAAAAAAUUCUGUAACUGAAACUAAGCCCGCAAGUGAUAAAAUCGUAGCUCCGGUCACCCCUUUGAGCAUGAAAGAGCUCCGCAGAAAAGGUUUGACUAAAUAUGAUGCGGAGUUGUUAAUUGCUCAGGGUUGUAAAUUUUCUGACGUCAAUGGUACAAAAGAUAACGUGGACGCUGCUGGUGCUAGUAGUAGAGAAUCAUCAGCAUCCUCCACGGAUAAAAAUACUAGAAACACUAGAAACAAUAGACAUAAACCACCUUCGUUACCCGUGGAAACUAAAUUAGAACCCAACGAAAACAAUUGUAGUUCUAGAGCUACACGGUUGCAACGAAGAGAAGUCUUAAAAGCUAUGCGAUUGAGUUCUUCGAAACCAACACAAGGUGGUUUGUUGGAUGAUGCUAGUAGUUGCUCCGGGAGCGUUAUGAGUGAUCAUGAUAUUGUCAGCGAUGGCAUAAAUAGGGAUAUUGCUUUUAAUGAAAGUCAUGAAAGUAGUAACGUGUGCAAUGAUAUAAUGACACAAGGCAUAACUUUGAGAAAUCACAAAAGACUUACUGAAAGUAAUUUAGAUAAUUUAAUAAAAGAUAAAGUUAAUAGCAAUAAACUGUUAGGUCCUAGUAUAGAUAGCAAUUUAGAAGUUAACGGGUUAAAGGAGCCAAAACCUGAUAGUAAAACCGAUGGUAAAAUUAUGAAUGAAGUAUUAGAAACCAAGUCUAAAGCUAAAUGCAACGGCAAUACUAGAACAAAAUCAGAGUCGUCCGAAAAAGACGCUAAAUUAAAUAUAGUUAAUACAAAUGUUGAAACCAAACCUACAACCAGGACCGCAACGUUAAGAAAUUCCAACACAAAAUUAGUGUUAGAAAAUUCUAAUGAUGUUUACGAGUUCAAUGAUAACGAAAACAACUCUUUAAAAGAAUUCACAAACGUUCGUGGGUUUUCCAAGUGCAGCACAGAUUCCAAAAGCGAAAGCAGUUCUUCCUGGGAAAACAAAGUACCCGAGGAAUCCUGCCAAAUACGGUUACAAGACGUAUCAGAACGUAUGUACGUACUCGAGAAAACCCCAGAAAAAAUAGCACCUUUAAAGUUAACCCUUAAGAAAAAACGUAGUCCGGUACUUGAUGAAGUCAUCGAAUCUGGUACAAGUCUUAGUGAAGACAGUUACGAACCAGAAUACGAAGUCUUACGUGUCGAAGGCGUAGAUAACGAUGGUUUAGUAGAUUAUAUUAGGUACAAUUCUCAUAGGAAAAAGAGGCACAAAUCAAAAGACAGACGUAGAGAGAAACGUCUGAAACAUUUAUACAGAAAUGAAUUGGAGUUCUCGCCCCCGGCGAAACGUGUUAGGAUUAUUUUUGGGAACGAAAGCACAACUAUAGACAUACCACCUCCGGCUGCAGCCACUUGCAACUGACAAAUAAAUGAUAAUUUAGUGCUUCGUGUAUUGUUAACGGAUAUAAACUUGUAAAUUGUAAUGAUUUUUCAGGGCAUUAAAGUGGUUAUAUGAAUCUGCUGAAUGCUGCCUUUUGAUAGACUAUUUAUUAUUAAAAAUUGCCAAGCGUUAUUGUCACAGGGAAUUAUUAGCUGAGUUAUUGAGAAGUCCUCAGAUUUUGUUGAUGAUCCUCAAAUUUUUUUUAAAAAAUUUGAUAUUCAAAAUUAUGAACGUUGCAAAAGAGUGGAAUAAUUUUUGCUAUUUAAACAAUAUGUAUGUUAUUUAUAUUUGUUAAGUAUAACUAUUAUAA